UCAAAUACAUGUGACUUUUAACAGGUUGCCAAUCUUAUUUUAGCAAGACUCUUUUUAUUUUUUGAUCCCAGCAAAACAGAAUAGAAAAAGAAAGCAAACGAGGAUAUACUUUGAAUAUGAAUAGAAAUGAUAAUUAUGAAAGAUUUAAUGAGAAUGAAAGUGCCAUUUUAUUUAGCGAUAAGACAAUCAGACGAGGGUUUAUUCGAAAGGUUUAUGCCCUACUUCUAGCUCAAUUAAUUGUUACCUGCAUCUUCAUAACUAUUUUUUUAUAUGUACCUGAGGUUAAACUUGCUUCAAGACAAUAUCCUGGGAUAUAUAUAGCAGCUCUAGUUGGAACAUUUGUACUCAUUAUAGCCUUGACUUGCUUUGAAGGACUUAGAAGGAAAUGGCCUUUGAAUAUAAUAAUGCUUGGAGUCUUUACUCUGUUCGAAGGCUGGCUCUUAGGUUCAAUUUCAAGUUAUUAUGGAAAAGAUGAAGUUUUAAUGGCUGUUGGAAUUACUACAAUCAUAGUGUUUUCCCUUAGCAUAUUUGCUUUCCAAACAAAGUGGGACAUGACUGGAUGCCAUAUGUUUAUGUUUGUAGCUCUGAUAAUCCUGUUAAUAUUUGGAAUUUUGUGCAUCUUUAUACGCAAUCGAAUACUAAGCAUCGUAUACUCUAGCUUAGGUGCUCUAAUCUUUUCUGCUUACAUCAUUUUUGACACUCAAAUGAUGAUGGGCGGAGACAAGAAAUAUUCUUUGUCUCCUGAAGAAUACAUAUUUGCCGCCUUGACAUUGUAUCUAGAUAUCGUGAAUCUAUUUUUAUACAUCCUUCAACUAAUCAAUCAUUCCAAUAAUUAAUAUAAUAGAAUUUUUGUUUUUAAAAUUAUUAUAAUUAUAAUAUAUCAACAUAUUAUAAAUAUCUAUAUUUAUACCAAAUCUAAUUUAUUUAUUUGAUUUGUUACCUAUAGAAGAUUCAAAUGUUUAAAAUAUACCUUAAUUUAUACUAUUAUAAAACCAAUUAUAAGGUGCAAAAUGUUUUCAUAAAUUUUUUUUAUUAUUAAUCAUUUUAAAAAUAAUUUAUUCGUAUAUUAUAUUGUAUUUUGGCAUUACCCGCUCUUUUGCGAAUUGAUAAUUCCCAAUAAAGUCACAUUUGAUAUAUUUAAUAAAAUGUUUUAAUUACUCAUGUAAUCUUAUAAUAUUUUUUUUAAAUUAUACUCAACAUUUUUGAUUAGUUGCUAAAUUAUGCAGUGUAAAUU